AUGGUUGCAUAUCGAGAAUUCCCAGCGAAAUUGAGGCCUGAUUGCACUGGGCGUCAUUUGUUCGAUACAGUAUGUCGAAUCAUCGGCCUACGUGAAAUAUGGUAUUUUGGAUUGCAGUUUGUGAACAAAAAAGGCAUCCCAUGUUGGCUGCAAAUGGAUAAAAAGGUAAAUAAACAGGAAGUACCGAAGCAGGCCGAUGGCUCGAUACAUCUCAUAUUUCUCGUCAAAUUCUAUCCGGAGGACGUGGAAGAGGAAUUGAUUCAGGAUAUUACACGCCAUCUUUUCUUCCUGCAAAUCAAACAAAGCAUCCUCAGUAUGCAGCUGUACUGUUCCGCAGAAGCGUCCCAAGGUGAUUGUACGGAGGGCUCUCAGCUGCAGUUAAGUGAAUUGUUGCCGGACUGUGUCAUCAAGCAAUACGAUAUGUCACCGCAAAUGUGGGAAGAACGUAUCAGGCGAUGGUGGAUAAAUAACAGCGGACAGAGCAGCAUCUCUUUUCAGAACAACAAAGAAACGGAUCUAACACUGGGUGUCUCGGCGCAGGGCAUUGGCAUUUACAAGGAGACUAAUCGAAUCACACCUCGUCCGUUCUUCUCGUGGAGUGAAAUUAAAAAUAUCUCAUUCAAAAACAAAGUUUUCAGCAUGAGAACUAUGGACAAGAGCACGAUAACUUUUCGUGCGAAGGAUAUGUCGAUUAACAUGAGCAUUUUGGAUUUAUGUGUUGGCACUCAUAAUUUGUAUUUACGCCGACGUCAGCCUGAUUUGCUGGAGGUGCAGCAAAUGAAGGUGCAAGCAAAAGAACAGCGAGUACGACGAAUUCACGAGCAGAAUCGUUUAGCACGUGAACGCGAGCAGCGUAUCCAAGCGGAAGCCGAACGCGACCAAUAUAAAACUGAAAUAGCCGCAAUCAACAAACAGCUCCUCACUAUGAAGGAAGCGCUAAAGAAAACCGAGGAAAAUGCGCAUUUAAUGGCAGAAAAAGCUCGAGUUUCUGAGGAAGAAGCACUGGUGCUAUCCAAACGA